GCGGAGCGGUGUGAGAGAGAGGGAAGGUGGCGGUGCUUGUGCCUGGUGGCAAGGUUUGUUUACUUGCCAGCUUUUUGUUUGCUGCGGCUGCUGCUGCUGCUGCUGCUGCUUCCACCAAGCCUCCACUAGUCACACUGCUGCUAUGCAACCCUCACUCGCUGAAAUAUACAACUGCGAUGGGAAUUAUCAAAUGGAACAGGUCAGGAUGAAUCAAGACCAGUUUCUUCUUAAGUGGAAUAACCACCAAAAUAACUUUGUUGAAGUGUUCAGUUACUUGCGUACACAGGAUGCUUUUGUCGAUGUUACUCUGGCGUGUGAUGGAAAGUCUUUCUCCGCACACAGAGUUGUCUUGUCUGCAUGUUCGCCAUAUUUCCAGACACUCUUUCAGACUAAUCCUUGUAAGCAUCCGAUUGUCUUCCUAAAGGAUGUCAAGGGGCAGGAAUUGGAAGCUCUUAUAGAGUUUAUAUAUAAAGGAGAGGUUAGCGUAUCACAAUCUGAGUUAGCGUCUCUGAUAAGCACAGCCGAAAAUUUAAAAAUCAAAGGUCUUGCCGAGCCUGACAGACCGACAGAAAAGAACGUGAAAAGAAUAGCAUCGCCUCCCAGACCUCAGCCUCCACCGUUACCCCCACAGUCCACCCCAGCAACUCCUGUUGGGGUACCUCAACAUCUUCAGGUGUCAAAAUACCCUCAAUCUAGUCCUGUUGCCAAACGGAAAAAAUCUGAACAAUUUAAUGUACAGAGUAGUUAUGUUGGUGUAAGAGAAAACCAAGAGGAGGUUGUGACUGUUGAAACUGGUAAUGGUGAAAAUUUAAGCCUCCGUGGUGAAAACCUUAGUCUACGUGGUGAAAACUUAAGUAUUCGUGAUCACCCAGCCCCCCAGGUAGUGUUAGUUUCGUCACAUGAACCUCCACAUCAGCCGGACGUUACAUCCCACACACCCCAGCCUUAUGCUAGUCACCACGGUCCCAUUGCAGCCUCCGAGGGUGUUUUAUAUUCGGUCUCAGGGACAGCCAUCUAUGCGGGCACCGCUCAAGUUAGCUCAUCCAGUCGAGGGGAGCAAUUGCCCCGUGAAGUAUAUCCACAAACUGAUCAAUACCACAGUAGUGAUGAGGGAACACUGCCGGGACCUUCAGGUGUACAAACGCAGUCACAUGCGGAAACUUCCAUGGAUAUGCUUGGGAGAAGAACUGGAUCAUCAUGUACAAGUCGGCACGAGCUCACCAGCAGUAUGGUGAUGUCAACAAAAUGUGACGACACUUGCACACUCUCAAUACCCCAGACUAUAAAACUAGAGCCAUCAAGUGCAGGUGUUGCCACAGAAACUUGGGAGGGAAGUAAUCAAAGUUAUGAAGAUGGAGGGGGAGGUAUAGGUGGGUCAGGAAGUGGUCCUGGGGUUGUACCCACCACUGGUGAUGCUCUAACAAUGCAGCUCCCCCUCCAUACUGAAAUGACUGAAUCUUCGCAGCUACACGACUCCUCUAGACAGCAAUUAGCAGCAGCGCGGGCGUUGCUGCGAGUUUUGGGAGCAGCCACUGCAGAAGGUCGCAAAAUUGCCAGAACUGACACUCUGAAACACAGCGUUGCUCCUGGACAGUGUCGGGUAUGUGGGGAGACUAUUGCCCGUGGGGAACACAGAUCACAUAUGGCAUCUCACACGGCCCACAGACCCCUCCACUGUGCAGUGUGUGGCCGAGGCUUCCACCAGACAGAGGACCUCAAAAGACAUAUCAGGAUACACACUGGUGAAAAGCCAUACAAGUGUUCAACGUGUGGCGUGGCAUUUCGACAGAGGGGACACCUCUCUAGACAUGUAUUCAAGUACCACUCAGACCAGCGACCACCAGUAGCUAAAUAGAACUCAUCUGACAGGCAAGGAUGUAUGCCAAGACACUGGUGAAGAUAAUUCGUGAUAAUCAUUCUUGUUAGGUCAUCAUCAUGAAAAUGCAUAAGUAUGGACUUUUUUCUUGUAAGAAAUAUAUAUGCUGUUAACCAACUACUGUAAGUUUAACGUAUCUUCUUGGGAGACAAAGUUAUCAUUAUCAUAAAAUCUGAUACCCUGAAUUUUAGGGCCUCCAAUAAAAUCUUUUUGCAGCAUUACACCAUUCUUGUAGACUCGUAGAGGCUGAGUGUUGUUACAGCAUUGGUCAUGCUCUAACUUGCUGGACAGUGAUGAUUUUCACCCAGGUUUCUAUGACAUAUUACUCAGUAAUUGCUAUGGCUUUUUAGGUUAUUCAAAUUUUAUACAACACAAUUUUUAAUUUUGGCUGCAGAACUGUAUCACAGAAAAGAAUUUGUUUUUAAACUUUAUUUUGUGAUACUGUACAUGACUCAUAGGUAAAAAGCUUUAUAAAGAUAACCACAAGUGGCUACUUGCAAUGAAUCACUGAAGGUGACCAAGUUAUGUCUUGUUACUUAAUUGAACUCCCCACCCCCAUGGAGCUAACUUGCUGCAAGAGGGUUGUGCAGUCAUAUUUAUGGGAGAGCUGUAUUAGCUAGUUCUCCCUGGCAGUCUUCCAUGCCGGUAUGAUCUCCAGACAAUAAUUCUUAUCACUUCUCAUGUUAAUGUCUGUGUUCAGAAGUAUCUCCAGAGACAGAUGAGAAUGUCUCUACCAGCAGUAAUUGGCUUCCCAUUCAUACAGAAAGUAACUGGAGGGCUGUCUUGCCCAAGGUCACCACACCAGCCCUUCCCGAAGGUUAUCUUGCCUAAGAUUGCUACACUAGCCCUUCCCCAUGGUUGCUAUGUUCUUUCCUCAAUACCUCUUCCUCUCAAUCCCCCAUUUCUUUCUCUUUUGCCAUAAUGACUGUAUGACUUGCGGGUUUAGUGGUUACCAUGUACGUAUAUGAUGAUAAUAUAACCAUAGUCCCAGCUUCUGACAUUAUGCUACAGAUAUGCUCUCUAUUGUGAUGCCCAGCCAUCAGUGUGUCUAUUGCCCUACCUUCUCAUUAUUAAUGGGCUCUGCUGCAAUGCUGCUGCAGACUUUGCAAGAAACUCCAAGGAGUUCAAUCUAUUGUUUUUGUAAUGGUUCUCAAGUCCCUUCUUGUUCCUAAGUUUCCAUGGUGUCUACCUGGCAGGUACCGCCAAACACCUUCCAAGACCCACCCAUAACACUUUUUAUAUUCCUCCGGUGGAAGAGUCUUGGAAUUUUAUCCAUCUAAGAUUACUUGUAACUGUAAGUGCCUGAGAGAGGGAAAGAACUCUGGAUGUGAGAGGACUGGACUGUCUAGUGCAAGAUUCAAUGGGAAUUGCAGGAGGUGGUGCAUGGCUAAAUAAUAAUAAUAAUAAUAAUAAUAAUAAUAAUAAUGGUGAUUUUACUUUAAAAACAUGCAAGUAAUACAAUUUUUGUGAAAAGCCCAGGAUGCACAACAUUUUAGGCAGAUUCAAACUAGCACUACAACUGCUUAAUAUAAAUAGUACAUGUGUAUAGAGCUGUUUUAACUUACGAGUUUAGUGCAAAAUAUUGACAGUGGGGGAGAAGGGAAAUAUACAUAUACAGAAUACCCUCGAUUUAACCAACCCAGAUUUAAUGCAUUGUGGAAAUACAGAGGAAAAUCCUCUGGUUUGUUGAUUCAGAACCAGUGGGCAAAAUUUAUUGAUUAAAGAAGUGACCAUUUUUCUUAAGAUCAUGGCAGAAUAACUACUACUACCACAGUCACCAUUACCAGUCACCCACUACCCUCAUCUAGUCAAUCAAAUCAAGAAUUUGUUGUAUACAUAUAUAAGUUCUGGUCACUUCUGUGUACUUAUGUAAAAGUCAGAAUUAAUAAUUGGAUGGACAGUAUAAAAUUCACGAUACAGAGGAAUGAAAAGCACGAAUAAUAAUGAUAAUUAAGGUUAAAGAUACAAUCAGUAAAUUAAAAUUUAGGGGUAGGAUUAGACAGGGAUAAAUAGUACAAUUAAUAAAAUAGCUGCAAUUUUUUUUUUUCAACAUAUUGGCCAUUUCCCACCCAUCAGGGUGACCCAAAAAGAGGGGGAAAAAAAAACACUUUCAUCAUUCAUACAUAAUCACUGUCUUUGCUGAGGUGCUCAGAUAUGACAGUUUAGAUGUCACUCCAAACAGCUGCAAAUAUAAUUAAAAUAAUUAAAGAUAUUUGGUUGUUUUAAAAUACUACAUAGACCUAAAUGAUUGAAAUGUUUGGACAUACAGCAUUGUGGACUAUUUAUAGAGAGAGGCAAAUGUGUUUUCUUCUUUGGGUCACCUUGCCUUGGUAUGAAAUGACCACUGGUGAAGAAACACACCAGAGCUGCAUCUGUCAGAAAGGAAGAUACAGAAGGGCCCCGUUUCUCCGCAGGUUCCUGAUCCUUGCCAAUAAGUGAAAAUCACUGGCAAGUGGAACAUAGCAUUUUUUCGCUAUCAAAUGCAUGUAUUACACCUGAUAACAUGUUUACACUAUCAUAUAUUAAGUGCUCAAUACAGCUAGGCCUAAAAAAUGAUAGGAAAUUAAAAUGAUUAUACAGUACACAUGCAAUAUUUACCUUAAAAUAUAGCACCAGAUGCCCUUCCCUGACGCAGCUGUUGUGCAAAUAUGGCAGAAAAGUGGAAAAAGCACUGAACAUAAUGAACAAUGGCUCAAUUGAAAGUCAGUAAAAGCGUGGAACACUGAAAAGAGGGUGCCGAACAUGCAGGGCCCUCCUGUAAUAAAACGUAAACGCCCAAGUCUGCAGGACUUGACAGUUUAAAAAAAAUGACACUUUUCACUGAUAUUUCAAACAUUUCUGAAUGAGUACCAUUUCUGUGAACAACUAGGUAAAGCUCUUUUGCAUUGUCUUGUGACAUGUAAAUGAUAGUUGAUAUAAAAUAUCCUUGUUGACUGUGAAGCAGAGUUGUCAUACAACUGUUGACUUAUUACAAUAUUCACCAUACUGGUUUAAUAGAGCAGAGUUCAUAAAUUAGAGCACACUCAACCCUCAAUAUACUGAAGUAAUAAGGGGGAUUCUCCGAGUGUCCACUAAAUCAGAAUAUUAAAAUGUCGCAGAAGAAGCACUACUGUAUACCUAAUAUAAUACUGUACACACAGUUCACAGGUAUACAGAAUAAAUUUUUAAAGGUAAAUGCAUUACAAGUAGUUUACCCAGUGGAUUUUGUCUUAUUUCAGCAAUCCAGUAUAGUUAUUACUGUGAUGAAACUUCGCCUAAAAAUAAUGUGUGAUGUAAUAUGAUUUUUUUAAGUUAAUUGUUAUCCCACCGAAAUCUAAAUAUGAUUCUUUGUACUAUACAGAUAAAAUUUUUUGUUAAUAAUGUAUCUUAACACUUUCUAACAUUAUCAAUAGUGCUGUAUGACCCUUGUGGGUUUAGCCCUUAGUUUUGAUUAUAAUAAUAAUUUAACAUUAUUAAAUAUUUAUUAUUUAUUAAAUACUUAUUAUAGCCUAUGUUGAGAAAUGGUUUACCAGCUAAGGUUAAAGAUUAAAUAUAGGGGGAACUUAGCUUGGUAAGACAGCUCAUCGCCUGCACAGCCGCCCCUGCAGGCGAGGUCUUGAGAAGCUGUCGUAUCCACUUCGCAACAGGCUGUAAAGUAAAUACAUUAAUAAUAAAUUACCCCUAGGGGGUGUUAUGUCAGCAUAUAUCAGACACUGAUUGCUGACAUCACUUGUGUGGACUCAAAGGUCCACUUAUCACCGGGGUUUAUGAUAAGUGACUAACUCUCAACUUUAUACUCAACUGUGCAGUCAAUAGUAGUACAUCACGAGUUAGUACACUUACCUUGGUAUAUGUAUCUGACCCGUAGUUACGCCCGGAUGUCCGAUGUCUUGAUUGAAGAAUAGUAUUCUUUGAAGAAUGUCGCACUACACUCUGUUGGAUCGCAACACUUGUUGUUACACUGUUCAUCAAUAAUUGUUCACACCAUAAUGUCACUAAAGAAGCUGAUCACACUUCUCUGUAAUUGUUUAUUGAGAUUCUUUUGUGCAAAACGCACGGAACAUUGUUCUUUGUUGGUUAUCCCGGCAUGUCAAUGUCUCUCAGUAGAGUCAAAAGUAAUCUGACCUCACAGCGUCAUAUGCCACUGCAAUGCCCCUAGAACAUGAAGGAAAAGCUGACUUAGUACUUUUUGCUUCCUUGCCAAACUUCCUCCAUGAAGCAAAGCAAAAUGCUUGAAUCUUGCUGUCUUAAGCAUAGACAACAAUGUACACUAUCUUUACCAUGGUAAUAAAGUGGGAGCAGGAUUUUCCUUAAUUGUCCUAUUAAGGUAAGAGAUGGACUGUUUCUCAUAACUACACUUUGCAACACUGGACUCUUGCAAGGAGCGGCGGUCACUUGACCACGUCACAUACUUGUAUUGCAUCUGGGAUCAAUUACUUGCUGUAGCAGUAAACAAGAUGUUUGCCCCUUCUGAGAGGGCUGGGCCUCUCAGGGCUGAAGGGGGCUGAUACCCCCCCUCCUGGAGAAAAUUUCUCCACAGCCUAUGGGACUGGAAGACCAGAUGAGGUGAAGUGUUUGGACAGGUCUCCUUGCACCUGCUGCUUCUUUUCUUGAAACAAUUAUCCCUUCACUGUCUUGUAUGUAGAUCUAUGUCACUGACACUAGGGUCCCUCAUGUAAAUCCAUUUUUUGAGCUCAGCUCUCUCAGAUAAUGUGUGUGUGGUUAGUAUGCACAGUAUAAAAUCCUGCCACACUCACUGCAUGAUGGGAGAAGCAAAUCACUAACCUUAUUUGGUUUAAAUGGCAAAAUUGAGGUGUUUUCUUUUAUGCUUUUUAUGGAUUUAUUGGCUGCUUCUUGGUAUCAUUUGAUAGAAUGGAAGACAUACUAUAUUUAAAUUUUGUGUAAAAUUGGCCAAAUUACCAAUUUCUGUGCACUUUAUAGAGUAGUUCUGAUAGUUGAAUGGGCUGUUUCUUGUGAUCAAUCGAUAAAACAGAAGGCAUACCAGUGAAAUGGUUAACAGGUUGGUUGAAAUGAGCAAUGGAAUCGACAUAAAAUAGGACUCAAAGUGGGCAAAAGCACCCGUGUGUAAAUUGUGCCCAGACCACUAAUGUAUUUUUGCUAUCCUUACCUUCAGAAAAAGAUUCUCUUUCAUUUCAGAAUAAUUUUUUCUUAAAAUACUGCCAUUGUCAACACUUAAUUUCAGGGCUUCCCACAGUGCAGGGGGCUGUUGUGGCUCACAUGGUGGUAAAGAGAACCUAAGGACUCCAUUCGACAUAAGCAACACUGCCUCAUUUACUUUGAGUAUCCUCGGUUAAUAAUCAGAAUAAAGCCUCAUCCUUUCUUGUCCUAUUCAGUCAUAACUGCAUUCUAAAAUUUAACUAUUUUCAGUUUUCAAAGCCCACAAUAGUAACUAUAUAAACUUCCACACACAGCUAUAAGUUUAUAUGUCUGACUCCCCAAAUCAGAUAUCUUUUCUGUUUUCUAGCUGGACUGUAUAGUCCUUGUGGCUUAGCGCUUCUUUUUGAUUAUAAUAAUAAUUUCUAGCUGGAAAGCUACAUGUACACUACUACUACUAUAGUCAAUUUAAGGGCUAAACCCAAGAGGGUAUACAUGUGCACCAGCCUAGGUAAUCCUUCGUAGGUUAUGGACAGUAGCUACUUAAAGAAGUUACACAAUGGCUUAUGACAUGCACAAAGCUGCCACUAUAAUUGUGAUAUUAUUUUACUUAUACUGCAGCAGGUUUGCCAUGUACAGUGCAAUAUUUGUAAAAAAUAAAAAAAUAAAGUGAUUAGUUUAUCAUGACUUUUACAUAUAAGUAGUACACUUCUAAUGUACAUACAUGGAUGCCUCUGUAUAUUAAAAUAAUUCAUUGCAAGAUAUAAAGUACCCAGAGGAAAACUAUGUGGCUUCAUUCUUAAUAGUCAAUGAAAUGCGUCAAGGUGAAACAUCAAUGCAGUAGUGUACUGUAGGUGUAUGAAGGUAUAUUAUUAUUAUUAUCAAAUAAAGUGCUGAAUUGACAAGGGUCAUGAACCAUACGAGGGUACAGGGGCUCACCUCUUAUCUGUUUUUAAUUUAUUUCACUCUAGUAGCAUUAUAUUCAGAGCCUUGCUAAAUUUCUGUAUUAUUAUUAUUAUUAUAAUCAUAACUACAGUAAGUGCUAAACCCAAUUUAUUUCUGUAGUAUAGGGGCUAAAUUGAACAAUAAUGCCUUGUAAGGUAUUAUACACUAUUCUUUCCCAGAUUCUGAACAUUCUUGUUUAUAAUAAUAAUGCUGGGAGAAUUAGAAUCAAAAAGAAGUGUUAAACUGCAAGGGCUAUAAUUGUUCUAGCAAUUAUUGAAGAAGGUGAAGUAACUGCUGGUCAUUCCUACAGUUAACUCUGUGUAGUGUGUACAUGUAACACUUUCAUGCUAUAGAACAGGGGUUCCAAACCUGUGGCCCAUGGACUGCAUGUGGCCCUGCUAGGAAAUAUAUACAGCUAUCACAUGAAAUUAAUAAUUCACUUUUAUGUAGGUUCCACACUGUAGUGUCAACAAAACUGCAAGGCCCUCAUCACACAUUUGACCAUCAAAAAUGGCCCACUUGUGUAGGAAGGUUGAGGACUGCUGCUAUAGAAUUUACAGCCAUUGCAAUUUUCUGUAGAUGAAGUUCAGUUGUUUAACUUCAUGUUUGUGAAAAUAACUUAAAAAAUGUGUCAUGGUAGAGAAACAUGUUCUCCGAGUCUCAGAAUAAAAUAAAAAAUGUGUCAUGGUGGAGAAUCUUCUCUGAAUGUCAGAGUAAAAUAAAGUAUCAUUGUCUGCCUCAGGUAUUGGCAAAGGAAAUUAUCUUUAAAAUGUUGUGUUUUCAAGUACAGUGCUGUAUCUUGACCUGGUUUUCAUUUAAAAAUAAUUUAGAUUAAAUAGUUCCUUGGUACAGUACUGUAAUUUUUUUAGACUUAAUCUAAAGUGGUGGAAACUGACAUGAAAGGCGAAUUUAUUAAUAGACAAAAAUGGAAAUUGUGAAAAAUGAUUUCCAGUAUUUCCAGUCUCUGUAGCAAUUGAAGCAAGCAAAUAAAAAAUAAAAUUUGUACCCCAAGACAUGACGUACUGGUGGUGGUAAUGAUACAGUAAGUGAUAGGUCAUUGUGAAGACAUCACUCUGUGGCAUUUAUAAUAGGACUUUCUGAUGUGAUCUUUUCCAUUCUGAAAGUAUAGACUUUAUCUACAAUACAAAUUGUUUCUUCAGAAAUUCUACUAUAUUAUUAUUAUUGUUAUAAGCUGAACCCGUAGUGAGUCGGACAGUCCCUGGGGGAUGGAAGGUAAUCAGGUUUGAUCCAAGGAAAGUGAGGGGUAGCUUCAAUUCCUUGGACCAAGAACCUUUCACCAGCAUCAAGGAACCCUUGAAUUCAAGGGUUCAGAAAUUCUAGUCACAUUGAUAUUGUGAUAUUAGUGAUGUAGAAACAGUGUUCAUAUACUUGGUGAGGAGGAGGAAACAGGUUUGAGGACAGCGUAUUGGACACUUCCAUGUGUAAUAUUUUGUCACAUGAAUUUUAUUUAUCAACAAGUCUUAUCAUUACUUUCCUGUACUGUGUAAUGCAUAUAUUUAAUACUGUGAUGUACUGUACUUGCUCAAUACUGAGUAACUCUCUCAAUAUGAUUCAUUCUAACAUGUUAAUCUUACAUCUAAUCCCUUGAAAGGGAUCUCUUGCUAUGGCAAAAGGGCUCUUAAUCCAAGGAACUGUAUCUCUUUUUCCCUUCCUUGGAUCAAUCCUAAAUAACUCAAACCUUCCACUCUCCAUUUGGCCUCAUUAGCAGGGAAAUUUACCUCUGUCAUGUACUCCAGUUUCUAGACUGAGAAAAUAGACCAUUAUCAGCCCUGUUCAAACAGCUUCCACUGGCAGUGGUGUGGUGGGCAUGUCACUCCACCUAAUGGGUAUUAGACCAUCUUAGUGUGUGUCAGAUGAUCCUCCAGUGAGAUAUCAGGUCUUUGGAAGGGCCUCUGAUCAUGGAUGUAUUACUGGAGGUUACCUGGAGAUCCAAGAGUGAAAACUGAAGGUGCAUGACUCUUGUUAUUCAUGCCAGGUCACAAGUCAUCACUAGCACAGUUAGUGCUCAUGCUGAAUCAGGCAGGUUAGCUAUGCCUUGCUCAGUCAAUUCUGGAGGUGUUAUUCUGAUGCUGUGCACUGGGUAGGGUAAAAGGUGGUUUCCAGGGAACAACACCACUAUCAGUGAUAGCAGAGGUGACCAUGGUUCAUGGCACUGCCCCCCCCCCAUCUUUUUUUUUUAUUUACACAGGGUUUGACAAGGUUAGAUUAAGGAUCCCUAGCUCUUUUUUUUUUUUUUUUUUGGCUUGAGAAAAAGUCUAAUCAUGGAUCCCUAGUGAUGGCAUCAUCUACUGACUCAUGCACAACCAUGAACUCUGCUUAAAACCCAGAAUUUUUUUUGAGCAAACCUUUAUUACCUGAGCCCAGUACCUGUGUUCUACCUAUUCCCUGUGAUACCUCUGACCCUUGCACUUUAUUGUGGAACUGGCUUUCCCCACGACACAAUGACAAUUCAUGGAUCAUCCAUGUGCUAACAGAGAGUGGCUUGAAACCUUCUGCCAAGAGACAGUGGUAGACAAAUGAUAAUUAACAUAGCACACACACACAAAUCUUCCAAACACAUUAUGCACUGGACAAGAAUUUUUCAUGGUAAAUAAUGAAUCCCAAAGCAAACCCGAGUGAUUACAAAUAUGCACAAGAACUCUUGACAUACGUCAGCCAAGACAUUUACUUCCACCCUCUUAAAAAGUGAGAUGCACAUUAUCAGAGUGAAUAGUGCUGGCCAGGCCAGUAUCCUAAUGCAGCUCCAUACCACUGGCAGAACCACUGUGACUGUACAUUGUCACUCCACACUCAGUUUAUGCCAUGGAGUGGUGGUUAUUCUUCACACAGUCAUACAGCAAGAUUCUACAUACUGUGCUUGGGAUAUACAAAAGUAAUUAGUAUUACAACACCCCCCAAUCACUAGGGUCCAAACUAAUGUUUACCUUGCUCAUAGAUGAAAGCAACAUUCAAGUCAAUAACCAUGAACUUUCCUCUGAAUACAUAGUAGAUAGCAGGCAGAAUGUCAAAUCUGUGGAGGAAUGGAUCAUAACCGACCAUUAACUUAUGACUGAUCCUUUUCCUAUCUUAACUACUAAGAAACAUCCGUUAUAUUCUCGUUUGCCUAGUUUUCCUUCAGGAAAGUAAUAUUUGAUGUUUAAUUGAGAAGAAGGGUUUGUCAUAUAAUUAAACCAUAACUGAACUCUGCCUGUAGAUGACAAUAUCUUGCACCUCUUACUCCAGAGUCGCCUGACACCCCCAACACUCAGUAAUGCCCACCUACAUACUUAUUCCUAUAUUUAACUUUUAGCAAUUCAUAAUACUGAGGCUCCCAGCUCUUCACCGUCUGUCAUCUUCACUGCCUCAACAUACCCAGUCCUCUUCAAUGGUCUCUUUAACACUUAAACGUAACCCAAAACACCUUCAUUACUGACAUUUAUUUUGCAUACUCGCCUCCACUCGUCCCUACCCAUGCAAUCCAAUCCACUAUCAAACUACAUAUUUUGUAUGUGAUGGAUGAUUGUUUUCAAAUAUAUCAUUACUAAGUUAGCUCUACAGGAAAUAUGGAACUUUUAUUUCAUACUGUUGUGAUAUAAUGACUUAAUAAUGUGCUAUUACAGCUGCAUGUCUGUCAGUAUUAAGGGAGUUAGUUACCUUAAGUGCAACCUGUUUU